GCUGCAGAGCUGGGAUCGCUCGCACGCUGGUCGCCCGGUACUCAACCGCGCAGCGGGAGCCGCGGGAACGUUUCUCCGGGUCGGAGAUGGGUUGAGAUGCCUGCGCCCGGGGGUUUGCCCGGAGCCGCGCGGCCGCGGAGACCACCAUGCCGCUGCCGGAGACCCGCAGCUUGCGAGGGGAGGCGGCUUCCGCCGAGAUACUGCUGCAGUGUCUGAGCUGCCCGGACAGCGCUCCUCAGAACCGGGAGCAUCCCGGUCCCUGGGGCCGAGACGCCUGCCUCUCUGUCCUUCCUAUUCUCUCCCGCGAUCGGGGCCAGCAGCUCUGGUAGUUGGCCUGCCCGUGGAGUCGUUCUUCUUGCCCCAGCUCUGGGAGAUAUGCCCGAAUUUGGGAGUGCUGUGACUCUCAGCCUCCCACUUCACCCAGGGAAGCAGGCUUGCUGAAGCCAGAGCCAGGAGAGGGACCAUGGGAGGGACGCAAGUCAAAUGUCUGACUUCACCCAGUCCUAUCCACAGUGCAAAGAGCGAAUCCAUUAUCACCCAGUCGGAGGAGAAAGCAGAUUUCGUGAUUAUCCCCUCUGAAGGAAUAGAGAACAGAACAGAGGAGACAGACUCUCCAUUAUCCCGAGACUGGCGACCAGGUAGCCCCGGAACCUAUCUGGAGACUUCAUGGGAAGAACAGCUGUUGGAACAACAAGAACAUUUAGAAAAAGAAAUGGAGGAAGCCAAGAAAAUGAUAUCAGGAUUACAGGCCUUGCUGCUCAAUGGAUCCUUACCCGAAGAUGAACAGGAGAGGCCCUUGGCCCUCUGUGAACCAGGAGUCAAUCCCGAGGAACAGUUGAUUAUAAUCCAAAGUCGUCUGGAUCAGAGUAUGGAGGAGAAUCAGGACCUAAAGAAGGAGCUGCUGAAAUGUAAGCAGGAAGCCAGAAACUUACAAGGGAUAAAGGAUGCCUUGCAGCAGAGGUUGACUCAGCAGGACACAUCUGUUCUUCAGCUCAAACAAGAACUAUUGAGGGCAAAUAUGGACAAAGAUGAGCUGCACAACCAGAAUGUAGAUCUGCAGAGGAAGCUAGAUGAGAGAAACCGGCUCUUGGGAGAAUAUAAAAAAGAGCUGGGGCAGAAGGAUCGCCUCCUUCAGCAGCACCAGGCCAAGAUGGAAGAAGCACUCCGGAAACUCUCUGAGGCCAGUUACCAGCAGGUGGAUCUGGAGCAGGAGCUAGAACACAAAGAUGUCCUUUUGACUCACUGUGUGAAAAGAGAGGCAGAUGAGAUGACCAUCUACAACAGUCACGACUCUCAAAGCAAUGGUUUUCUCCCUCCAGUGGCAGGAAAAGGAGCUGUUUCAGUCACUCACAGAGGGACCAGCGACCUGCAGCUUGUUCGCGAUGCCCUCCGCAGCCUGCGCAACAGCUUCAGUGGCCACGACCCUCAGCACCACACCAUCGACAGCUUGGAGCAGGGCAUCUCCAGCCUCAUGGAGCGCCUGCAUGUCAUGGAGACACAGAAGAAACAAGAACAGAGGGUUCGGGGCAAGUCACCCAGAACUCAAGCAGGUAGUGAAUACUGGGAGUCCUGGCCCCUUAAUUCAAAGUUGCCUCAUUCACAGAGCUCUCCAACUGUCAGCAGCGCCUGCACUAAAGUGCUCUAUUUUACUGACCGGUCACUUACGCCCUUCAUGGUCAAUAUACCAAAGAGGUUGGGGGAGGUGACACUUAAGGAUUUUAAAGCAGCUAUUGACCGGGAAGGUAAUCACCGCUAUCACUUCAAAGCACUGGAUCCGGAGUUUGGCACUGUCAAAGAGGAGGUUUUCCACGAUGAUGAUGCCAUCCCUGGAUGGGAAGGGAAGAUUGUAGCCUGGGUGGAAGAAGACCAUGGAGAGAAUUAAUGCUGAAUAUUAGAUUGGGGCUUGUAUAACUUGGCACUCCCUGGCAGCUUCACUCAGGAAAGAGGACUAAAACUAGAAUACACUAAGAAGUUUCUAGUUUGUGCUGCCAAAACAGAAGCUUCUCCAACUGUGACAGCCACAGGCCAGUCCUGUUUCGGUGCCUGGCAUACGUGGUACUAAAAUCCCUGUCCAAAUGUUGACCAUGGGUUCAUCUGGAGUUCCUUGUCCAUGGGAACGCAGUGUUUUAUUCUACUCUGAGGACAACAAACCGAAGGCCUUAACCAAUAGGAAUGGAUGAUCUUGCUCUUGUAGGGGCAUGGCUGCUAUUAUUUGGACCUGGGGAUUGGAUGCAUCACUCCUGUGUGUUACAGUAUUAUUUUAAUUGGCCUCAAUGGUUGCAGCAAUCAGAGUCCCAGCAUUUGUACUCACAGACAAAGCAAAGGUACCAGCUUUUUUGCUUCUUUGCAGCUAUGAGAAACCAAGAAUAACUCAUGGGGUGGUACCAAAGAUGAAAGCCACUCUUCAGGAAUCUUUUGGACUGGACAUGGAUGGUGCUGAAUUGUUCAUUGGAUGGAAAAAGGGCUGCCCGUAUUGUGCUAUGCUAUGCUAAAACCAUAAUUAAGUAAGACAUUGGGCCGCCUCUUGUGUCUUAACUGGUUCUGCAACUUGUCCUUUAGCCCACAGAGGGCAUAUUUUAUGUACGGCUAGUUCUUUCUGGGGACUCUUCAACUUUAGAGCCAUUAUUUUUUUUCCUUCCAACUGAUGAACUUUAUGUUUGAAAGGAAGAAGGAGUGAAAAUCUCCUUAAAAAUCCAGGCGGGUAUGGAAAGGUGCUGCUACCCAUAUCUUCUAGACUUUCUUUCUCUCAUGACUUUCUUUGGCUCAUGGCAUCUCCUUGGCAGUCAAAAGGAGACAGAGCAUUAAUUUCAGUAUUUGUGAUUUAUGAAGUACUAAGCAUGAGUUAGUCGUCUGCCUCUCUUCGUUUAAAGGCCAGAGUUAAUUUCUAUUAUAUAUUUAGUCUAGGCUGAUCCUUUAGGGCACAAAAGAAACCAUGGGGCAUGGAGCAUGAGUUAUAAAUGGCAAGGUUGAUUCUGGGUGAAAAAACCUAGAAUCCUUCCUCUUGUGCCACACUGUCAACUGUAGAAACUAAAAGAAAAUAGUUAGAUUUCUAGAGAUUACUUAAUAACUUGGGUUUUCUCAUUCAUUCACCAAACAUGAUCAACCAAUUGGCCAUUUUACAUACAGAGAAAGAGAGAGAGAGAGAGAGGUUUUGCCCCCCAAAAGCAGUCUGCCUGCCUGUGACCAACAAUGUACACUGCCAACCAGAAGAGGAGGACGGAUCAGUUCUGGGUUCCUGACCUGUCUCUAGCUCAUCUUCCCUUUUCAGCCAUUUCAACAGACUACUCGUUCGAGCUCUGAGAUGACAUUUUGUUGUUUUAUAUAACUGUGUCUUUUUAAAAUUGUUCAUGUUUGGAGAAUUCUUUUGUACUCAUUAGCUUUUUUGUCUGAGAACCAUGUCUAUUUUUAUAACUUGAGUGUGAGUUCUGUAUAUUCUCACAUUCUGUAUACUGUAUCCAUUUUCUAGAGAACCCAGUAGCUUUUAUACAGGCUAUUUUCUUCUUAUCAGCCCUUGUGGUUUCAGAAUAAGCUUUAUUUUAUUACAAGCAUACUAAUGAUAACUAACUCCUGUUCCAAUUCUACCUGCCAUUUUAGUUGUGGAGGUAAUUUUACAUAAUCUAUUUGAUUGCUCCUCUAAGCAGGCAGAAGGAGCUCAAAAGACACCUGAUGUCUUUCAUUUAAGUUUACCUGGUCUCCUAUUGAAAAAUGAUUUCUCGUAAGAAAUGACUGCGAAAGUUUGGGAAAGUCAUUCUACAGCAAGAAUAAUUCAUUAUGAAAGCAAACAGAAGAAAACAGUAUAUUCUCAGUUUCUUUUUCCCAGGAAGUCUGGAGAAAAAGUCCACGUUCUCUGUUGCAUGAAUUUUAGUGUUUUACUAUAAGACAGCAUGAGGGUUAACAGGCCAAAAUUCGUUAUAGUAUUUCCAUUACAAUUUAUCUUGAAUGUCUGUAUCUUAAUUCAGUUUCUACUUGUCAGUUCUCUUUCAGUAAACGUUCUUACCAUUAUGUAGAAUUUACCUUUUCAGAGAAAAUUAAAUCAGAGAAAGUCCUCUACCUUAUUUGUCUUUUAUCUCUAUGUCCUUUGGAAAAGGAGCUGCAUGGCCUUAAUGCCUCCAUAGAAAGCUGAAGUUGAGUUCAGGGGAGAAAAUGAGAUAAUUUUCCCCCUUUAACUCAUUAAUUCCAUAUGCCACAGGUGAUAACUAAACACGAUUACAGGAUGUCACUCCAGUAAUUCUUGUGUAAAAUGUGUUGCUAAUCCUCAUUCCAGUUUCUAAAGACAGAGGAACCUUCUGAGGAGGAGUGUGCAUUGAUUCAUUCUAGCUUGGACAGUCUCCUCUUCGAUAAACUGUGGCUGCACUCUAGGAUGCCUCUUGACUUAUUCGGAGAUUGUCCCCUAGAGGCAUUUGUGUGGAUAGUCCACCCUGUUACUGCUAACGGUCCAUUUCUUUGAGAAUACUAAGGAACUAGAAUGUUUAGAGUUCUAAAUUAAUCUGUAAAACCCUGUUAGAUUUUUAAAAAAGACCCUCUUGUAAAAACUAGUUUAGUAGAAAGUUCAAUUCCUUAAAAAGUCUUCAUUUAAAAAAGACUGUUUUCACUCAGUUCCCUAAAUUAGCUGGAAUUGGAACACUUUACAAUUUAUACCUAAAGAAUUUAGGUUCAACUUACUUGAAAAUGGCAAUCCUACUUACUGACCAACUUUUCAGCUCAUUUUUGACCCAGGAUGGUUGUAAAUUAGGGAAAAUAUCUUUAUGCUCUAUUUCCAAUCCAAGAGGACUCUGAUUACUUAAAAGCAUUUAGGUCAUAAUUAUAAUAGUUUUCAUUGUUUUCCAUAAAGUAAGUGUUACGAUUGCACACUCCUUCUAUUGUCUGAAUUUAUGUAAGAGGUAUAGCUUGCUUAAAAUAUAUAUGUAAAGUUAUAUUUUCUUAGAAACAUGGAUGUUUGCAACAAUUGCUUUCAAAGAGAUUAUUACUGUGUAUUCUCCGUUUUACAAUGUUUUCAUGAAGACUGUGUUAUACCAGAGGCUUCUGAUUAUCAAAGUAAUAACCAGUUUUAAUUGCCUGUAUAUACCAGAUUUGUGAACUA